GCGUCAUCGGGGUCAUCUAUUUGUUUUCUUGCUCUCCUCUCUUUCCCACCACCUCUGUAACCCGUACCCGUACCCGUACAAUGCUCCUCUCAGUAAUUACUCCUCUCCUUCUGGCGGCAGCCUCAUAUGCCCAGCAGUCGACUCCUAGAGUACUCGUCUAUAGCGCUACAGCUCCAGACGGCUACCGCCACGAUUCUAUCCCAACUGCCAUAAACGUUCUCGGUCAGAAUGCUGACAAGUAUGGUGUCCAAUUUGUCUUUUCCGAGGAUAUGCAGAUGUUCACCAACGAAACUUUGAGUGGUUUCGACGGUGUUAUGUUCGUUUCCAACUCGGAGGAAGUGCUGGACGCACCUGGCAAGGCUGCUUUGCAGACGUUCUUCCAGUCCGGAGGAGUUUACACCGGCGUGCACUCUGCAUCUACUUGUCUGACCGACGACGUCAACUAUGGACUGGCUUUGGGAGCCUUCUUCGACUACCACCCCCCACUUCAAACUGCUACAUUUGAAAGGUUGAAUACUACUCACCCCGCUGUGGCUAAUGUACCUGAUCGAUGGACCUUCCAAGAAGAAGUCUACUACUUUUCGACGAAUCCUCGAGACAACGGCGCUGUCGUUAUCUUGACUGUUGACGAGACAAGCUACGUUAACAACGGCAGCUCACAAGGUGAUUACUCUAACAUCCAUGGAUCCCCUCACCCAAUCGCAUGGUAUAUCGAGUCUCCCCUUUCUGCUCAGCCUUUCGCAGAGUCGGUUUCCAAAGCUGGCCGAUCCUUUUACACUUCUUUGGGACACCUUAACUCCACAUGGGAGGAUGAGACCUUUAUAGGUCACCUCAUGGGAGGCUUGUUGUGGGCUUUAGAUGGAGCUUCAACUAAGGCUUACGGCGUCGGAGUCGUCGGGAACGCCACCGCUCCAUCCACCAAUCAAAGCACUGCUACUGUCGGCGGCUCUUCCACGCAUGGCGGAUCGACUGCUGCUACCACUGCUGUAACCGCUGUGGCCGCUUCUGGAUCCAGCAGCUCGGAAUCUAAUGGCAGUGAACAGGUAUUACCCAGUAGCGUCCUGAUGGCGUUGGGUGUAAGUAUCCUCGGGGCCGUUUUCGGGAUGGGUUUGGCGCUUUAGGAUAUGUUGAUGGCAAGCAAAUCGUUCCAAGGGGGUGGCAGCGGACACUGGCUUUCGUUCUUUAUAUUUCGACAUGUGGGGGGCAUCGGACAAUAAGUAUAUAGUUUUUAUGUUUUGAUAUGACGAUGGGACAACGGACAACGAAUUAUAUUAUGAUGUUUUCAUAUGUAUGUCUCCUGUACUCUCAUGGGACAGGCAGAUCUUAUUGC